AUGUCGUCGAACAAUACCGUGCCCAGAGUUACGCGCGCAGCCCUCACCCGGGAGGUAGGAAUCAAGACAGAAUUGACGAGUGACUAUCCAGUCAAGCAAGUCGCGGACCUUGAGCCAGGCGAAUGCAUCAUCAAGAUCGAAUGCACAGGCGUCUGCCAUAGCGAUUUACACUUUAUGGCGGGAGAGUGGGCCAUCAAACCACGACUUCCAAGCGCAGGCGGCCACGAAGGUGUCGGGCGGAUCCUCGCUAUCGGUGCGCAUACGCUCAAUUCGCCCGUCAACAUCGGCGACAGAGUAGGCAUAAAGUACGUCAUCGACUCGUGCAUGCACUGCGAGAUGUGUCGUAGAGGCCACGAACAGAAUUGCCCUUCAAGGAAAAUCGCCGGUGCCCAUGUCGAUGGUACUUUUGCCGAAUAUACGGUCGCAUUCGUCAACCAUCUUAUACCGAUCCCGGACGGAUUUUCCAGUGCGGAGGCUGCGCCCAUUCUAUGCGCGGGUGUAACAGUAUAUAACGCACUCACAAAGCUUGAUACCCCUCCUGGCAGCUGGAUCGUGAUACCCGGUGCCGGUGGUGGGUUAGGUCACCUGGGUAUUCAGUACGCAGUAGUAAAGGGCCUUCGUGUUUUGGCUAUCGAUUCGGGAGAGGGGAAACGAGAGCUCUGUCUGUCUCUCGGAGCCGAGAAGUACAUUGACUUUGCAGAGUCGAAAGAUAUCAUCGCAGACGUCAAGGCGACAUGCGGCGAACUAGGAGCACACGCCGCUUUGAUCACUACUGCCUCUAACACGGCGUAUGUGCAAGCAGGAUGGUAUUUGCGUCCGCACGGUACUGUGCUAUGCGUCGUCAUCUGUGAAACAGGGCAUCAAAUAUAUUGGGUCCAUGACAGGGUAUGUUCGCCUUCAUUAAGGGGCUGCUGGAGAACGCUCACUGUACGGUUUCUGCACUCGCAGCUCGCGGGAAAGUACGAUGCCACUUCACAGAGCGGCCGAUUAGCGAGAUUAAUAGGUGUCGUCCUCGAAGAUAUGAGCAACGGCAAGCUAGUCGGACGGGUGGUCCUGCGGUACUGA